AUGCCUACCAACACUAGUAACAACACAAAUAACGACACAGACUUUCUUCUCCCUGCAUCACACUGUGUUCCGUGGAUUAUUGUGAUAGGGACGGAAUCGUUUCUCAUAGUCGUCCUUAACCUCGUCACUGUUAUUGUGUUUACGAAACAAAGGCAACUGCGACGAAAAAAAACAUACAUACUUAUCCGUAAUCUUGCGGUAAUCGACCUUUUGGCUGGCGCAAUCUCUGGUCCUCUUCAAAUUGAACGGUUUGGUGAACGGUGUGACGUAUGGGGAUAUUCUAGGAAAUCGACUUGGGAUUACUAUCUGAAAGAUGCACUGCUCCAUUUAUUUUCUAUGGCUUCUCUUGGCAAUCUGGUCGCAAUGGCUAUGGAAAGAGCACACGCUAUAUUUUUUCCUUUUAAACAUCGUCUUAUCGGAAAACCAGCUUAUAGAGCGAUAAUAACUAUCAUUUGGUUGGUAGCUGUGAUAAGGGAAUCAUUCCAAGUUAUUUUAAUGGAGAUUAAUGAGAACUCUGAAGAAUUGUUACAAAUGAUUAACUCCACCCUAUAUGUACCAUAUUACUUAACUUCUCUUUUUCUUGUUUGCAUAUCAUAUUCUUCUAUUUUCGUCAAAACUAAAACCAUCACUCGUUCAAAGAGCCGUCGAAAUAGUGUUGUAUCUAAAGAACGACAGGUGACUUCCACUUUAUUUAUUGUAACGGUUGUAUCUUUGCUGACUUUGUCACCAGUGAUAGCAUUUAUAAGUUUAGGUGCAUUUUCAAACAUUUCUUACCCUUCGAAAAUCUUUUACUUUCACGUCAGAAUGAUCGUGUUACUGUUUUUCUUGGCCAACUCGUUGGCUAAUCCAAUAGUUUAUUCGUUGCGGAUGCGAGGAUUUCGAGUAGGCCUAGCAGAAUUGUUUGGUCUACCAGCAAACCUGUUAAACGCUACACAUAUCCUGCCACGCCACCUUUCUUAAUUUAUAGGAGCCAGCUUAUCCACCAUCCGUGCACAACAUUUGUCUGAGAAUGAAAAGCAGCAAGGUUUUUACUAACUCAGAAAAUGUCCCAGCGAAUGUUAUUGGCCUGACUCGGGGUUCUUUUCAACUGACGGUAUGAUUUCAAAGAACAGUAAUGUGUUAAAAUAAUGUAAUGAUUGUUUUACCUUUAACUUACGACAAUUUUUUUAAGGAGAUUCUCUAAACGACAAAACGUUUUUGUCAUUUCUCAAAAAAAAAAAACAAAACGGUUUGUAUGGUCAAGGAAAGGAUACAUGUCGUGAACGAGUCAUGUCGUCCGUCUUACAACACAGAUAUCUGCAUUCUAAAUUGUAGACAAACUAUCGCGAUGAUUGAUGGUCUUUGCAAAAGACAUUCAAAUUUAUAAAAGAUUAUGGUAAAUAUAACACCAUUUGUCUCCCCCCUUCCUCGUCAUGAAAUGGUUUAUAAUUUCUUGAUUGUCAGGUUUUUCAUGUUUUUUUUUUCUGUCAAAAUUUUAAAGGCACAGGUUCACGGUUCAGCGCAUGCUCAUUUACAAAAAGGCUGUUUUUCUGCCGGGACAUGCUGUAUCGUCUAUGCAAGCAAUAUCAUGUUAUACUGUUGUCAAAGAACCAAUCUGCACACUCCCCUGGCAGUCACUUGUACUUGAUCAACUCAAAUAUUUGCAAAUAGCUGUAAAUUAAUCAACCAUGGAAUAAAACCUUCGGAUCAACAAUAAAUUCAACGUUCGUAGUGUUGGCAUAAUCCACUAAUUUUUUCUGCGAUUUUAGUACUCCUCCAUCCUACUUCAGCUUACUUUAAAAUACACUUCUACCGAGAAAUACACUCUGAGAUCGCUGAGAUAAAUUUAAAUGGGAUUAUUGACCGCUAGAAUUAAUAAUAAAUUUGAAAAAUUGGUAAUUUAAUUAAUAAGCAUGCUCUUAACUUUGCACCUGCCACUUUAAGUUUGACAAUGAGUCAAGCAGUAUGAAAAACGACUUUUGUAUGAGCAUCAUAGGCGUUAGAAAAUAGUCCACGUUCGAUAUACUAAAAUUCUAACAUGACUUCGAGGCUUUAGGGUCAAAAUUGCAAAUUUUUCACGACUCCAUUGUCUCGCAAUAGCCUAUUUUCGAGUUCGCUAUAACCGCUGAAUUAAAGAAGAGAAGACGCAUUUUUUACAGCCUUAGCCUCCAUCUGAAGUAAUAUAUUCACAAAUUCCAACGAGAAAAAGAUCUGUUUAUUACUCUCUCUAUUGUGUAUAUUCAAAUUUCAAACACUUACUUGCCAGAAUUUCUGAAUAUUUUACUUUACGUCGAGGCUAACCCUGUAUGAAUGUGUCGUUAAUGUUUGUAUUCAGCGGUGAUUUUUAAUUCGAAACUGGACUAUUCCCAGAAGAGCCCUGAGCACAAAGAAAACCAAACCAAAUAUAGAAAAGUGACCAGAAAGCCUCGGAGUCAUGUUAGAGUUUUAAGAUAUCGAACUUGGGCUAUUUACACUGUAUAUUUGCUUAAAGUUUGGUAUUGUAUUGUAUAUAUAAACCGCAAAACAAGCUGAAGUCGUUCCUUUAAAAGAACAAUUGUACAAUGAUAAAUUUUAAAACUAUUAAUAAGCAUCUUGAAUCGCAAGAAUGCGUGUUUUAUUUGCUAAGUUACAAGUAAUCAGUGAGUAAUUUUUACCUUAAAUUUUGAACAUUUAUAGUAAGUGAAAACUUGACGUCUCCGGUCGUCUAAGACUUAACCUUUAUUAACUAAUAACAUGAUUCAAUGAUUUUGGAUAAUCACAGAUGGUUUGCUGGCAAACCUGUCUUCAUAUAGCCGAUAUAAGAUUUUUAAGUAUAAUUAUUGAUUGUAGUGAUUGUUUUACCUACUAAAUAUAACUGGUGAAGGAAUUAUCAUAACGAUUACUUGAUGUUACUAUAAGUCUUAUCUCGAAGACUGAAUUCUAUCUGCUAAUAACUGCAUCACUAAGUUCAAUAUGUAUGUAAUUUUUCUAGUAAGAUAUGUUGACGUUUGGUAACAGUUGAAAUUAAAAAUAUAAUUGAUUUAAUAAAGUUGAGCCAAAUUGCUGAGACGCGCAUUGAGUGAGUGUCUUUUACAGCUGUUUCGGAUAACACGCGUCCUGUGUUGUCAAAAACGUUUCAAGAUUUUUUGGUUUUUCUGCGACGUCAAUCAAACCGUUACCGUGGCAUCAAUUGUGUCAAAUAAAGGCGGCCAUAACAAGCAGAAGCUGCAAAAGUAAAUGUUCAACCACGGGCGGAAACGUACCGAUUCGUUUUUAGCCUCGCAGUUUCUUCUGAAUUUGGAAGCUCUAUUAUAUCGCAUUUAAGGCUGGUAUAGCUUGUUUUUCAAAGAUAUGCUGGGAACCAGGAUUUACCAGAUUUGUCAAGAGUACCCCGGUUAACCAGGCUAUUGCUCAUUUGGUUCAAGCCUGGUUAAACCCUGGUUAAUUCAGUGCAUCAAGAGCCCUGUUAAACCUGGUUUUCCUGUUCUAUUUUUGUUUUUGUUUUUUUAAAUAAGAAACCAGGCUAGCCAGAAAACCCCUGGUAUACCAGGAUAACCUGAUUCAUUGGCGCACUAUAGAGCCUGGUAAAGCCCGGUUUACCAGGCUUGAUAAGCUAACCAGGAAUAUCCUGGUUAACCAGGUUUUUUGCACAUAUGGUUCAGGCCUGGUUAGCCUGGAUCGUUCAGAAUUUCAAGUGCCUGGUUUAACUCUGGUUUUCCUGGCUCUUACAAUAACCAGGCUUUUUGGACAUGUGGUUCGAGCCUGGUAAGCCUGGUUCAUUGAAAAUUUAAGAGCCUGGUUAAAGUCUGGUUUUCCUGGUUCUUAUAAUAACCAGUCUUACCAGGAAUACCCUGGUUAACCAGGCUUUUUGCACAUAUGUUAAAGUCUGGUAAGCCUGGUUUGACAAUUAGAAACGUCUGGUUGGUUCAACCAGACUUUACACCCUGGUAAACCAUGGAACAAUCUAAAUUUGCCGUGUUUCAGUAUAAAGAAGAUAAUAAAAAUUUAGAGCUAAGGUAAAACUAUUUCCGCUUUUCAACAACACGCGACCGGACUCUGAAGUUCAAAAGCAACGAACCCGGCUAGAAACACACAAAAUGGAUCGAAAUCCACCAAUCACAAAUCACAAACCGUGAUGUCCUUUUGUUUCGUUAGAGGCCCGGUAAGGUGUGAAGGCGCGAAAGCGCUAAUUCUUCAGAGUUUGAUUGACGUCGCCUAAAAACCCAAAAUCCGAAGACGUUUUAGACAUCGCAAAUCGCGAAUUAUCCGAAACAGCUGUAAGUCCAUUUAGUACAACAUAAUGUCUCUAAGUCUCUUGACUCAGGUUCCCUUUGCAGGCAGACUGUUCAGGCUUUUGUUGGCUGUAUGUUUUUUGAGCGUAGCUACCUAGAUUUUUAAAUCUUUGUGGAUAGUAUUGUCUAGGUUAGGUUCUGGUUCCACUUAGUUCCUAGUGACUAGUGGAUAUGGACCUCACCCCCUGGAGACUGAGCGGGACUUCUGACCAGGGUGACUACCUCCAGUACCACUCUAUCUUGCCCUCCCCUCAGGAGGGCUUCACUCCUAGUCCCUUUACCCUUAGAUUUAAGUGCUUCCCUGCCCCAAAAAUAUUUGCCUAUUUACUAUCUUAUGCGGUAUUUUUCUCUUCGGUUAACUGCAAAGAACUGCACUGAAUGCAAAAGCUUCUACUAAUCGAAGAGUUUAUUACUCUAGAGUUAAAGAAGAAUAUUCUAACCUGCUUAAUUAUUAUUGUGAUUUAGCUUAAGUACACGACUGUGGUGAACUAUGGAAUUUUGAGAUAUUAAUAGACAGUGGUCAACGCAAUUCAUAGCAAAAACAGUAUACUUAAAAGAUCUAAAUCUUUAGCAAUUAAAAAUGUCUAAAAACGUCCCAUGCUCUGUCUAGAGCUUGUAUGCAUGAAGACGUCAUUUGCAAGGAUGCAGAAAGGAUCUUGAGCCCACUGAAAUUUGUGAUGCCAAAAAAAAUUUUUUUACUAUCUAAUUAAAACAGAGACUAAAACCCAAAAAAUAAUGCAUCAAGUUACCACCUCCCCCCUUGCUGGGUCUCAUAAGUGCACUCCUGGACAAAUUAAAGGAGCUUACAGGGAGAAUAUAUUUGUCCCUAUUGGCAUACCUUAUUUAGUUAAGAGUGCACGCUGUGCAUGGUAUCCAUACAUGAGAAAACAAGGAAGCAAAAUUAAAGGGGUGCAAUGCAGAAAGGUGGAAGGAAAAAAACACUGUUGUGAUUGAAUCAUUAAGGCCUAGUAAAAUUGGCAGAAAAUGGACAGUGACGGCAUAAAGGGGAAAAUAUGUGCAUGAUGAGGAUGUGAUAAUAUGAAUGAAGCGUUUGUUGGAGUCUGGUUCAACAUCCGCUUAUGCUACCAUAAACUAAUGACUUCCCACAUGAUGAGACCACAGCCUUUUUUUUUUGUAGUUACUUUGGUGGUGGUGGUGGUGGGUGGUUAUAUCUUAGUUAUUCAUCUUAGCCAUAUGCUAACUUUAUGCGCCGAAAUACUUGUCGGGGAUUUUGUCUAUACUCUUACUUUGCAUGCAGUUGAAAACUCUUUCUCGUAGCUAGCUGUCAUUUAUAUUUUUUAUAAUUAUUUUCCUGGCGAAUUGGUGGGAGAGGGGUUAUCAACUAGAACUUGGUUGUAGGAUUGUAGAUAUGUGUCCCACAUGAGAACCUUCCAAAAAGGGAUUGGGUGUCUGAUUCCUAACAGUAGACUAUGAACCGUUGACUGAGUAUUUUGUGUCUCAUACAUGUAUGACUAUGGAAUAAGAAGAUGCUAGAAACACUAUUAAGAUCAUACCCAAGAUGCCUUUUAAAAGUAAACAACCUGAAGGCAAUGGUCAUGCUACACAACUUUGUAUAGUAAGGCAAGGUAUCUUAUGCAUGCAUGUUCACUGCACUGAGGGGUGUAUUAGUGGCAAAAAAACAGGCGUUCAUUAAGAAAUUUAUAGGUUUUUCACACUUUUAAGUGUCCUAUUGUUAUAAAAAAUAGAGGUCCUACCGUUAAAAAAUAGGACCUCUCCAUUACUUUUCUUAUUAUAACCUCCCUCUCCUUAUUCCUAAUUUGAUUUAUUUGAGGCAUGUUUUAUAGUGAGGACUUAAAAACACGCAGAUCUUUUUGGAUUCUUGAUCAGGUUAAUCCCAAAUAACAAUUAAGGCACUAGAUUAGUGCUGUUUUGCCCUUUAUCAUUAUAUGGAAAGUAAUGGCCCGUUUGAAUACUCAACCAUCCAUGAAAUAGAGCUUGCUCGAGAGAUAAAAGGGAAAUAUUAUAUCCCUGCUUGAUACUCCAACGGGAAUCACAUGCAAUGAGAUCAUCAAUCAAUAACUGGGAAGAGCAAAAAAGGCUCCGGCUCUUUUCUGACAGCUUCCAACGGUGUAAAAUAAAUAUUGAAAUAAACAUAUGGCAUUAUAUAGCUUAACUGUCUUAACAGAGGAGUACUUGGUACACCUUGGUACAUAAGUCCUGUUUCCAAAUGACAUUAAACGUUUGAAGCCAGUGUUUCUAUUAUCAAAUCGAACUUUUAAGAUAAGCAGUUUAGCCUCCUCGGUGUAAAUUACUUUUGCCAAGAAAAGCUAAGUACUUUAAGGUCUAAAAGAAUCUUUCAUACUCUAUCCUCUGCUUAACAAGUAGAAGUUGUUGUUGUCUUUUUCUUCUCCUGUUAUCAUAGCCUUCGAGCAAGCUCUGUUAUCCUCGUCCGCAGUGGCGGUUUUUUACUGAUCGAUACUGAAUUGCGAGGUUCGAAGACAGACGAGGCGAAAAGCUUCAAGAUGAAUUAUUUAGCGCUAAACUUUUUCAACUUGACUUUGAAAAGAUAUAACAUCAUUCAUCCGUCGCGGCUUUUGAAAUUUAGUAUCUCGGAGGUGUUCCUGCGAAACAUCCUUCAAAACAUUGUAGCUUCCGCCAGGAUCCCAUAAAGCUUCCGCUCAUACCCGGGAGCCAAAGAAAAUGCAGAAAUUUAUUUUGGUACUCAGCUUCCGUUAUGAAAAGCAUAGCCAAUCAAAAAAGUCUUCCCGGCGUUGCCCCGCUGACCAAAAAGCCUGAAGACUCUGGGUACAAGAUUGCCUUAUGCCCAAAAUGAACAGUAAAUCAAACAAAAUUAGAGCCAUAUUCUAUGGCUUGUAAUAAACUUUGUUGCUACUAAAAUAUUGUGGCAAGUCAUAGUUUACGUUCUAUCUUUAGAUCACAAUUUGUUCAACAACAAACAAAACAACAAAUUAUAUCGAAAAUUGGAAAAUAACUAAUUACAUUACUUUCCCACCAGCAAUUAGCUUGUAGACUAAUUUAGGCGGGGGAAGCUGAAGACGUAUUACAAAACAAGAUUUAUAUAUAGAUGGACUAAUUAAAUAACAGUGAAGACACUACUAUAGAGUAAAUAUAAUUUAAACUAACAUAAAACAAGGCAAGUACAUAACGAUUACGAAGAGAGGCUAACCUAAAGUAUUAAAUAACUUAAUAAGACGGGAGACUUCGACAUAAUCAUCUUCUGACUGCAAAAAAUUUAGUAAUAAUUCCUUUAUUUUUUUACGAAAGGACGAACGUUUAAGUAUUUUAAUCGAAUAAGGAAUAGAAUUUCAAAUUUGGGCACCGAUUCACGUGAAAAAGGCAUACAUUUUAUCGGUUCUAGAGAACUUAACAUAAAACAAGUUGCUAGAGACAUAUCUUGUUCUCUAGUUAUGAAUCUGACUUGUUUUAACGAACUGAUUGAGUAUACUAACUGGUGCUGUCUGUCUGUUGAUAUCAUACAAUGAAUAGCUACAAUCUCUGAAAAAUAGGCUAGGCAGGGGCAGGCAAUUUGAUUUGAGAAAGAAGGGUACGGUGUGUUCCUUAGACUUACUGAAGUAAAUGAGACGUAAGGCCCGUUUUUGAAGAGUUACGAUCUUUCUUUGAAAUGUCAAGGCACUGUUUCCCCAACCAGAAAUACCAUAAGUCAAGUACUACGGGGACAAUUAAUGAGUUGUAAACUGAUAGUAAAACAAGACGCGAGACAUUAUGUCGAAUCUUCGCUAUAAUUCCUAUCGACUUGCUGAUUUUGUGACCGAUAGAUUCGAUGUGGUAUUUCCAUGAAAGAGUUGAAUCAAUCAUUAAGCCAACUGAUAUUUUACAUAAUCUCCCAUUUCAAGGUUUGCGUAGGUGUUAGUCACGGAUUCAAGAAUUCUAAUCCUAGGUAUGAAGCGCAUAAUCUUUUGCCGGGGACGAAAGAUUACAACGUUUGAGUUUUUUAUGCUCAAAGACAGUUCGUUGGCCUUUUGACGUUGCCAAGCUCGCGAUUAACAAGUGUUUCGAGUUCCUUUAGGUUGUUAUUUGCAACUCUAUUACAGUAGAAAAAAUAACGAACCCUUAUAUAACGAGGUCCUCGAUACUGGAAGAACCAUAUUCUCCGUCACAGAAAUAGUAAAAGUCAUGGGGAAAAAAAACCUCGUUAUAGCGAACAUAUUUUGCCAGUCCCUUGUGCAUUCGUUAAAUCGAGGUUUCACUGUAGUGUUUUCUACUAGUUUCGGAUCGAAUUGGGGUCAUUUCAUGAGGUUUUCAGUUCCAAUGACAAUAGAAAACACAAAAACCGGCACUAGCAAGGACUAAAGGAAAGCGAUAUUUAUUCAAAAACAAAUGGUGGUAUCAUUUUUAAUUUUACCAUCAGAAUCGAAUAUUUCAGCUCCCCAUACAAAUCCUCAUAUUUUCGUUGUUGCAAAAUGCCUCACGACGUUUAGAAAUUUUUUGACAAUAUUCACAGAGCUUGGGUCAAACUUAUAGCACAUGGCUUUUUACUACCCAGGCAAGAGCAUUCUUUUUUCGUCAAAUAAGCGAAGAAAUAAUUGCGGGUAAAUGAAAUCACGAGCGCUGACAAAGUGAAGCAAAUGCGACAAAAGUAAACAGUGUUCUAAAUUAAGAGUUCAUAAACCUUCACAGGAGAUUCUUCUAAAUGAAUCAGAAGGAAAUAGCAUAGUACGUAACAGCUUUAUUAAUGCGCCCAUGUAUUUAGUUUUCACAACUAACUGGGGACAAAACAAAAAAGUUAAAACUAUUUACAAAUAAGGAAUAAAGAAUGUAUAUACAAUCAAAAUAUUUAGCAUGUAUAAAUUUUACAAUAAAAUAACAGGUAUAUAAAAGGUAGUCUCUAAGAAUUGCAAAGGUUACAGCAGUUAUUGUUGCUGUUUAAGAGUGAAGUUUGGUCGUUUUUCGUGAUGUUCUUUUAAAAAGAUUCAAUAUUCGACGAGCCUUUCAAUUUAUUAUCUAGUUUCGACCAGACAUGAGGUCAUUUAUAUCUUAGAAAGUGUUUCCCAUAGUUAAUAUUGUUAAAAGUAGGGUUAUCAAAAUCACUGUUUCUUAGUGAAUAACCAGAAGUGCAUUUCUGCUUAAAUAGUUCGUCAACAAUACUCGGCGUGAGGCCAUAUUUUACUUUGUACAUUAAUAUAACGAUAUCUUGCAGUCUUCGAUUUAGUAGUGAAGGUAGUUCUGCACGAACGAGAGGGUUUUCGUAUGAGUCUGAAUUUGCAUAGUAUCAAAUUUGGCAGUCUCAAUAGUACACCAACGUUUUGACUAGCCUUUUACUUGACUUAUACUGAUAUGGUUGGUGAAAUUAAGCUUGCAAUCUAUUUCAACCCGAAGUAAUUUGAUAUGCGAAGUGUUGGCAAUGAUCUAAUCUUCAAUCUGCAGAGCUUCAGUCUGUUUAUCUGAGUCAUUGUUUCUUGGUUUGAUAGUAAGACAUUGAAACUUCUCUGUGUUAGCAAGUAGAAAGUUAUCUCUGUACCAUGGCAUAGCUAACUUUCCUUGAUUUUGUAGCCUUGAAGAUACGAUGUCGUAGUCGGACCCUGUUACAUAUAGCUGAUGGUCGUCGGAAAAAGGUGCCGCCGUCUGUGACUGAAAAAAAUGCGGCUUUGAAGGGUUUAGAAAUGUUCCAGUUUUCAUUGUCCGCAAAGUAAUAUGUCUUUUCCUCCUAUUCGGUGUCUUAGGAUCACAAGGGAUACCGCACAAGUUGGGAUAAGCCUUGUAAUGGACAAAAAAGAAAAAUCAAUGAAAACAAUCUGUUGACCUUUCCUGUCUGUUUUUGUUAUGCUUUCUUUUUUUUUCGGAUUAAAAAUAUGAUUCUAAAAAAAGGUUUAAUGAAGGCCGUUAACCGUCGGAAGAGGCUCUCAGAGGGUUUUCCAAAAAUAAAAGGUUUAAUAAUUGUAAAAAUAGCGCUCGGGGAAUGACGGGAAUAGGAAAUGAAGAAGCAUCUCCCCUUAUGCUUUCUUUUCCUCUCUCCUCAGCCUCUCUCUGUUGCUAAAGAGGCCUAUGCAACGGAUAGUGCUUAUUCUCAUGAAUAAGGUUUUUGUUUUACUCUUACUAAAGUUUGAUGUCAUACAAGGUUUUAAGUACGGCGAAAUUGAUUUCUUUUUGUCACAAACAUGGAUAAUCACUCAGAUCUUGCAUUAGAUUACACUUAACUAUAACACGAAUAUGUUAAAAUAUAAAUUGAGAUUUUGUUGUACAAGUGCCAUCAUGAUGAUAAAUAUUUAACACUAAAUGAAUAUUAUUAGUGACAAACACCAGUGAGUAGACAAAUCAUUUCUCGUGGGUUUGUAAGAAGUUGAAGUCGUUCUUUCUAUGUCUCUUGAUCUUUAAUAAAUAGAAAUAAACGGUAGAAAACAUUAAUUAACGAUAACCUGUGAUUUGACCAUUAUUUUGUUUUCCUUUACAUUUACUUCUGAGGAUUAGAUUUCACUGAGAAAAGACUGAUAAGGGAAAAAAAGAAUGGAGCCAGUCAUUAAUAUUUUAGUACGCAUGCAAUGGAAACGGUAGACCUUAAAAGAAUCGUAAAUAAACUGCUCUUGAGAUAUCUGGUUUCCCAAUUUGCUUAGAAACAAUUCUAAUCCGAGUUUAAAGGAUCGGAAACAUGAGAAUCCAGCACUUAGGCCCCCAAGGUGUAAGCCAUUUAUUAGCAGAUUUCCUUUUAGAAAGACAUAGGACGUAAGCAAUUGUUUUGCGUAGGCUCAGAAGUUCGAUAUUUGGAGAUAAUAUCGAUGAAAGUGCAAUGUUGUUUAGUCCACCAGUUCAUUUAAAGAUAUUACCAUGAUUUUUCUCACUAAGAAUUAAACAUAUACAGUCAGUGAUACACACUAAUUUCUAUAUACUCUUUGGAACAAAGAAUAAGAUACAUUAGAUACAUGGAUUUUUGAGGCCACUGAACCAUAAUAUUGUUAUAUAAGCUUAUAAAACACCGUAUAUUUAGUAAUCUAUUCACUUUUCGUUCAGUUGAUUUCAUUUCUAUAGCUCUUAGCCUUCAGCAGAAGUGGGCCAAAACAGGAAACAACCGUCUAACGGAAAAACAUAAGCUACUUUUAUGUUUAUUAAAUGACACGUCUUUAAAAUGAUGUAGUCAUCUUAAAAUAUUGGCUUUUUUAGUUUUACACUGCUCGAUAUGUCAAACUCAACAGUACAGCUAGUCUGCUACACAGCCGUUAUUAGCGUCGUCACGCAACAUUUCUCCCUACAAAAGUCUGCUGAGAACCGAACCAGUACAUUCCUUUCCCUUUGUGUUUGUAGUCUAACGAAGAAACCUAUCAUGAAAAAGAAACUUGAGAAUACGUGAGCCGCAGGGCUUUAGGAUGCGAACACGCCUCUCAAUGUUCGACAUGUCAAUCAAUCGUCGCUGAAUAAUUGGACGGCCUGUCUUUGUGUCUAUAAGCUACGAAAAGCUUUGAAUUAAAAUUUGCAUAAAAGUUCCAAGGUUAAAAGAAAAAGACUCUUACUAGGAUCGGUUGGUUCUUCAACGUGCAUAUGUCCGGGGGCAUAUAUAUGAUGAAUUUCGUGUGCCGGAUGUGCUUAUUGUGUUGCUCUGGGGUUACUGUACAUGUGAGGACUAAACUCCCAAGGGUACUUAUUCAACUUAAAGCAAUCUUAUAAAUUAUCGAUAAGCGAUUUCCCAAAACAUACACGGAAACUUUACAAGCACAUCCAUGCAUGUUGUGCACCACAUUUGCUCGACUUGCUUGCUGCAGCUGCUUAUCUCAUAGAUUUUGAAUAGGACUACGACAACACUUCUCCAGUUAAUGGCUUGUUUUCACGCGACGAUUUUUAUUGUUCUGUCAUUCCACAUGGAGCACCACCGAUAAAAGCAAAGCUGUGAUUGGAGGAGUCACCUUGGCGCGAACACCUUCCAGAAAAUGGAAGCUGAAUUCUAGGAAUGUGGUUCGAUUCUCAGCGGCCGUUUGUGGGGAGCGGCGUUGCGUGACAACACUAAAAAAAAAUGUGUAGCAGACAGUACAGCAGGAUCACACGGAGAAAUAUCGUGAAUGACUUUUUACAAAUUUCAGUCGCGGGUUUCCUCUUUCAAAUGAAGAUGAUUUUAUUGUGAACGUUUCGUCUAGCUAUACGUUCAGUUAAACAGCAACGAAAACAACAAUAUAGCUAGCGCGGUGGCGUGAUAUUUUUGUGGGGCUCUCGGGAACUUUAAGAAAUUUUCCUCACAUUUAUUAUCGAAUUUAUGCCCCUUGUAAAGAUAUAUAAAGUCGCCGGGAAAGAACAAGGGCUUGGCUUAAGAAGUGUAGUAAAAUGGAAAAUUUCUGCCAGCAGGUUCUUACACGCUGGGUCUAUUGCAUUAUCAGGGACUCUGCAAGUUACGUCAGAAAACUUCAUGUACUCUGCCUGGUGCAAAAGCUCAUUAUGUUUUAUGAUUGUACAAAUAGUUUUCGAAAACUGAUUAAAAAGGUACCGCCGUCUGUGACUGAAAGCAAAUACGGCUUUAAAAGGUUUAGAAAUGUUCCAGUUUUCAUUGUCCGCAAAGUAAGAUGUCUUUUCCUCCUAUUCGCUUUCGGUGGGAUCACAAAGGAUGCCGCACAAGCUGUGGUCACCUUGAAUAAAACGUUUUCAAUUAAAACAAUCUGUUGACCUUUCCUGUCUAUGAUUCUUAUGCGUUCCUUAUUUUUCGGAUUCAAAACAUGGUUAAUGGAGGCCGUUACCGUCGUUGAUGGCUUGCUAGUGCUCCUUUCUCCUCAGUAGAGGCUCUCAGAGGGUUUUCCGAAAAUAAAAGGCAAGUAAUUGUAAGGGACCAGUCAUAAUUUAAGUUGAAGGGGGGAGUGGAGGAGAAAUUGUUUUUUAUUCCAAAUUUUUUCCAGACCCCCCACUAAUAGCACCCAUGUUUUCAAUUAUGUUAAAAGAUUUCAAUUAUGUUAAAAGAUUUAAGGGCCCCCCUUUCUUAUACAUAAUACCCAAAUGGUAAUAACAAAUAACAUUUUCUUUACUUUACCGUUCUUACUCACUGUCACUUCCGAAUGUGCCAACUAACAACAGAGAAGCACUUCACACUAAACUGAGAAAGAGAUUUCACCUAGAGCCUCUCAAACAGCUUAUAGAGCAAGGAUAUAUCAGUGAUUGUGUAAAGGACCGCUUCAAGGAAGAAAGAAGAUAAUCAGCCAAAGCUUACUGCUUUUUAUAUGACCAGUACAUUGUCUAAUUAGCGAAAAACUUGACGGUGACACAGACAGUGAGUCCGCAUCAACCUCAUCUACAAAUAAUGAUUCGGAUAGUGAGAUUGCAUAACAUGACUUUAUGCAUGUAAUCAUUUGUUAAAAUGCCGAUGAAAUUGUUUCAGUGUUACACAAUAAUGGAUGUUGUGUUGAUGCACCUACUAUUUGAGCAUUAAAUCUUUUUGUAAAAAUGCUGAUUAAAUUGUUUUAGUAUUACACAAUAUAGGACUUUGUGUAAAACUGAAUCAAAAUCAGGUCCUUUAAUACUCAAACAUCAUGCUGCUCAGUAGGGAUGCUACUUAAAAGAAACUUGAAGACCCCCCAAGGACAUCUUUUGGCAUUUUUAGGCCCCCCAUAUUCCAUCAAAAAAAAAUUGAAGGCCCCCCAAUUUCUCCUCCACCCCUCCUUCCAACUUAAAUUAUGACUGGUCCCUAAAAACAGCGCCCGGGGAAUGAUGGGAACAGGAAAUGAAGAAGCAUCCCCUUAUGCUUUCUUUUCCUCUCUCCUCAGCCUCUCUCUGUUGCCAAAGAGGUCUAUGCAAAGGAUAGUGCUUAUUAUCACGAAUAACGUUUUUUUUUUCACUCUUACUAAUUAAGUUUGAUGUCAUAAAAGGUUUUAAAUACGGCGAAAUUGAUUUCUUUUUGUCACAAACAUGGAUAAUCACUCGGAUCUUGCAGUAGAUUAGACUUAACGAUAACGCCAAUAUCUUAAAAUAAAAAUUGAGUUUUCGCUGUACAAGUGCCAUCAUGAUGAUAAAUAUUUAACACUAAAUGAAUAUUAUUAGUGACAAACACCAGUGAGUAGACAAAUCAUUUCUCGUGGGUUUGUAAGAAGUUGAAGUCGUUCUUUCGAUGUCUCUCGGUCUUUACUAAAUAAAAAUAAACGGUGGAAAACAUUAAUUAACGAUAUUUUGUGUUUCACCAUUAAAAAAUGUUUCCUUUACUUCUGAGGAUUAGAUUUCACUGAGAAAAGACUGAUAAUACAAGGGAAAAAAAGGGAGCCAGUUAUUAAUAUUUUAGUACCCACGCAAUGCAAACGGUAGACCGUAAAAUAAUCGUAAAAUGUAAAGUGCUCUUGAGAUAUCUGGUUUCCGGCCAAUUUGCUGAGAAACAAUUCUAAUCCGAGUUUAAUGGAACGCGAGAAUCCAUCACUUAGGCCCCCAAGGUGUGAGCCAUUUAUUAACAGAUUUCCUUUUAAAAAGACUUGGGACUUAAAUGCAAUUGUUUUGCGUUGACUCAGAAGUUCGAUAUUUGGGGCUAAUAUAGAUGAAAGUACAAUGUAAUUUAGUCCACCAGUUCAUUUAUAGAUAUAUAAAUUUAUAUUGCUUAUAAAACACCUUAUAUUUACGAAUCUAUUGAUUUUGUUAAGUUGAUUUCAUUUCUUUUGCGUUUUGUUUGCUAUUAUUUGUUAUUCGUCGGCCUUUAAGUCUUUCUUUACUUUUUUGCCCUUGGCAUGUUUUUCACCUGUCAGGUUGUUUAAAUUAAAAGUGUUGGUUAAUUUAACAGCAACAUUUAACUAAAGCUCGCAAUGUCGUAUUAAUUCAUUACCUUAUGCAGCGGUGGCGAAAAAGCAGGAAAAUUCUGUAUACGGCUACAAAACUAUAACGCCUUUACUGUUCUCAUAACUUCUCGGACAUAUUUGCCAAUGAAUGUGUUCAACAGCACUUGGAAAAUCCACAAUACUUGAGAAUAACUGCUGUCUAUUAGGUAAGGUAUUAAGUAAGUGUAAAAAACCUCGAUUAAAAUAACAUGAACCAAACACCGGCAGCUGCGAAUUCAAGUCGUAUCGAUUUUUUGGCCCGUUUCUGUUCUGAAGGAUCAAAAACUGGGAUUCCCAGAAUACGCUAAUAGUGCAGGCUGCUUGACCCCAAAUUUAAGGCAAUGGAUCAAUGGUUGCAGAUGGUAAGCCGCUGUGGUUCAAAAUUAUAACCACAAAUCUGCAUUUUUUAAAAUUUCUCUCUUCGUACAAAUUGCAAAAAAAAAAGAAAAAAAUUCCGAGAAAAACGCCGUAAAAUAAUAUUGAAUUUAUGUUCUGUUAAUAAGCCUAAUAGGUUUACAGGGCUUUUAAAGAAAACACGUUGUUUUCGCUAUUGUUUUAUUCGUUUUUGUCUAAGUAAUUAUUUCUAUUUUUUUUGUUAUUGAAUUUUAAAAAUGGCAAGUCUGAGCAUGGACCUCAAGACAUAUUGUCUGUCAAAAAAUGAAAAAAUCUUCCAAUCACAGAGUAGCGUAAAAAUACUUAUCUUAACGUUAAAAACGGGCCGUCGCGCUCGUCCCAGCUGUUCUAUGCACAUAAAGCUUCGGCGUUUGUUUUCCUCAGAAAGAGGUCCAACAAACGUUUCUCCUUUGAUGAGAUAAAGCUCACUUCAGCUUAGGCUUAGGGAACAACCAAACAAACACAGGUAGUGAACUGGAGGAGGUAAUGUUUAACGAAAGCAAACAGUGUUGAAGCAAUUGAUCUGCUGCUGUGAGUUCAGUCGAAGGCAGCUCAAGACAAGGUAAAACCCUUCAAAAACCUUUCAGUGAUUUUAAAUAACAUUUUUAUUUCCUUCGAAUUUCCCAAUCCCUUCUUAAUAAUGAAUGGUCUGUCACUGGUAUUUCUCCAACAGUUCCUGUUCGAGUAUUGUCCUGCCGUUGCCUAUUCUGCAUUACUUAUUUUUUUUAAACAGAACUUUAUAGUUUCACCGUUUGCAGUAGUUAAUUGAAAAAGGGGUGGUACUGAAAAGAAAAUCAUGCAAGUUCAAAAUUCGAUCAACAUGUCAAAUUGUUUUUGGGGUGUCAAAUGUACUUUUGGAGUAGAGACCUAAUGAUAGUAAAAUACAGAUUUACUACUGUUAUCAGUGGUCGUUCUUUCCACGUCAAACCAGUAUAUAUUAUCGUAAAAUGCUGCACUUCCAGUUUAUUAACCGUAAAAGACGCAAAAUUGCCCAUGAAAACCAGCUUUCUGAUCAGUUUUCGAAGUCUACAGUGAUCGAUGCGAGGCUUCAAAAUGCGAUGGGACUGUUGUCGCUCCUCAUAGCUCUUAGCCUUCAGCUGAAGUGGGCCAAAAUGGGAAACAACUAUCACUUUCUCACGGAAAAACAGAAACCACUUUUAUUUUUAAAAUGACAGGUGUUUAAAAUAUGAUGUAGUCAUCUCAAAAUGUUGGCUUUUUCAGUUUUACACUGCUCGAUAUGUGAAACUCAACAGUACAGCAGGAUACAUACGGAGAAAUAUCGUGAAUGUCUUUUAAUAAAUUUCAGUCGCGGAUCGACUCUUUCAAAUGAAGAUCAUUUUAUUGAGAACGUUUCGUCUCGCUACGUUCAGUUAAAUAUUCAAUAACUGAACACAAAACCCCCAAAAACCUAUUUCUGAGAACUGUCAAUCAAACAGUAGUCAAGAAUUUAUUUCUAAUAUCAUGAUUGCAGUCAUUACUAUUAGUCACAAUAACAGAAUCGAUAUUCGCACAGCCAUAUCCUUUUUAAAGGAUAUUGCUCUAAGCGUUUAAAAAGGAGACAGUUAUGCAAACUCAAAUCUCGCUUAAAAUGUCAGCUUAAGCGAAAACAAAAAUUGACACAGCUUGUUUGUAAAGAUGUUCCGAGUUUCAGCCGACGAAGGAAUGGAUAAAUAAAGUAGAAUUGUCGAGUUUUAAACUCAAAUUCUUUUCCAAACUUGUGUGAUUAGCACGCGAAAAGCAAAACAUCUUGACGCCACAACCAUGUUUAAAUACUCUCAUGCAAACACUCCUCUCGGCCAAUCAGAGCGAGCGUACUAUCUUAGUUAUUUUAUAGUGGUAAAUAACGGAAAGUCUUUUUAAGACUUAAUUAGUAUACUCAUUUCUCCUGUGCUAUGAAAACUUUAGCUGUCAAACUUGACAGAUUGACUCCAGCAUUUAAUCUUUAAACCAGGCUGUUUAACCAUAACAUUGUUGUAUAAGCUUAUAAAACACCUUAUAUUUACGAAUCUAUUAAUUUUGUUAAGUUGACUCCAUUUCUUUUGCGUUUUGUUUGCUCGUAUUAUUUGUUAUUCGUUGGUCUUUAAGUCUUUCUUUAUUACUUUUUUGCCCUUCGUAUGUUUUUCACCUAUCAGGUUGUUUAAAUUAAAAGUGUUGGUUAAUUUGACAGCAACAUUUAACUAAAGCUGGCAAUGUCGUAUUAAUUCAUUACCUCAUGCAGCGGUGGCGAAAGAGCAGGAAAAUUCUGUAUACGGCUACAAAACUAUAACGCUUUUACUGCUCUCAUAACUUCUCUGACAUAUUUGCCGAUGAAUGUGUUCAACAUCACUUGGAAAAUCCACAAUACUUGAGAAUAACUGCUGUCUAUUAGGUAAGGUAUUAAGUAAGUGUAAAAAACCUCGAUUGAAAUAACGUGAACCAAACACCGGCAGCUGCGAAUUUAAGUCGUAUCGAUUUUUUGGCCCGUUUCUGUUCUGAAGGACCAAAAACUGGGAUUCCCAGAAUACGCUAAUAGUGCAUGCUACUUGUCCCCAAAUUUAAGGCAAUGGAUCAAUGGUUGCAGAUGGUAAGCCGCUGUGGUUCAAAAUUAUAACCACAAAUCUGCAUUUUUUAAAAUUUCUCUCUUCGUACAAAUUGCAAAAAAAAAAAUUCCGAGAAAAACGCCGUAAAAUAAUAUUGAAUUUAUGUUCUGUUAAUAAGCCUAAUAGGUUUACAGGGCUUUUAAAGAAAACACGUUGUUUUCGCUAUUGUUUUAUUCGUUUUUGUCUAUGUAAUUAUUUCUAUUUUGUUCGUUACUGAAUUUUUAAAAAUGGCAAGUCUGCGCAUGGACCUCAAGACAUAUUGUCUGUCAAAAAAUGAAAAAAUCUUCCAAUCACAGAGUAGCGUAAAAAUAGUUAUCUUAACGUUAAAAACGGGCCGUCGCGCUCGUCCCAGCUGUUCUAUGCACAUAAAGCUUCGGCGUUUGUUUUCCUCAGAAAGAGGUCCAACAAACGUUUCUCCUUUGAUGAGAUAAAGCUCACUUCAGCUUAGGCUUAGGAAACAACCAAACAAACACAGGUAGUGACCUGGAGGAGGUAAUGUUUAACGAAAGCAAACAGUGUUGAAGCAAUUGAUCUGCUGCCGUGAGUUCAGUCGAAGGCAGCUCAAGACAAGGUAAAACCCUUCAAAAACCUUUCAGCGAUUUUAAAUAACAUUUUUAUUACCUUCGAAUUUCCCAAUCCCUUCUUAAUAAUGAAUGGUCUGUCACUGGUAUUUCUCCAACAGUUACUGUUCGAGCCUGCCGUUGCCUAUUCUGCAUUACUUAUUUUUUUUAAACAGAACUUUAUAGUUUCACCGUUUGCAGUAGUUAAUUGAAAAAGGGGUGGUACUGAAAAGAAAAUCAAGUUCAAAAUUCGAUCAACAUGUCAAAUUGUUUUUGGGGUGUCAAAUGUACUUUUGGAGUAGAGACCUAAUGAUAGUAAAAUACAGAUUUACUACUGUUAUCAGUGGUCGUUCUUUCCACGUCAAACCAGUAUAUAUUAUCGUAAAAUGCUGCACUUCCAGUUUAUUAACCGUAAAAGACGCAAAAUUGCCCAUGAAAACCAGCUUUCUGAUCAAUUUUCGAAGUCUAUAGUGAUCGAUGCAAGGCUUCAAAAUGCGAUGGGACUGUUGUCGCUCCUCAUAGCUCUUAGCCUUCAGCUGAAGUGGGUCAAAAUAGGAAACAACUAUCACUUUCUUACGGAAAAAAAGAAACCACUUUUACGUUUAAAAUGAGAGGUGUUUAAAAUGAUGUAGUCAUGUCAAAAUAUUGGCUUUUUUUAGUUUUACACUGCCCGAUAUGUCAAACUUAACAGUACAGCAGGAUACAUACGGAGAAAUAUCGUGAAUGACUUUUUAUAAAUUUCAGUCGCGGAUCGACUCUUUCAAAUGAAGAUCAUUUUAUUGAGAACGUUUCGUCUCGCUACGUUCAGUUAAUUAUUGAAUAAUUGUACACAAAAUAUUUCUGAGAACUGUCAAUCAUAUAUGCAUAUUUGUCGAGAAUUCUCCCAACGCCUCGGGUGUUUAUAUCAGGCUACGCAAACACAGUACGGUUAAUCAGUUCUUGUUUUACAAAAAGAUGCUUUCCAAGAUACGGAUUUUUCUCGCUUAAAAUGUCAGCUUAAGCGAAGAAAAAUUGACACACCUUCUUUGUAACGAUUUUCCAAGUUUCAGCCGACGAAGGAAUGGGUAAAUAAAGUAAACUGGUUGAGUUUUGAACUCGAAAACGUUUUCAAAUUCGUGCUUGCGUGUUUAGAACGCGAAAAGCAAAACAUCUUGACGCCACCACCAUGUCUACAUACUCGCAUGCAAACUUUCCUCUGGGCCAAUCAGAUCGCGCGUACUAUCUUGGUUAUUUUAUAGUAGUAAAUAACGGAAAGACUUUUCAAGAAUUAAUUAGUAUACUCAUUUCUCCUGUGCUAUAAAAACUUGACAGAUUGACUCCAGCAUUUAAGAAGCACUCUCCGUAAAAGCGUUCCACUCGAUUUUGAACUCGAAAAAGCUUUUGCCUUAUAAUUUUACCAUCAACACUACUAUCCAUCCCAAUAACUAAAUUGCAGUUAGAAUGAGGAAAUUAUUUAUUUUACUGCCAUUCCCAGCAUUUCAUUGCUGGACGGCCGUUAGCGGCUAAAAUAUGCAAAUUUUAGUCUUUGUUAUACAGGUUUUUUAACGAUCUUUUAGAAGUACUUCGGGUCAUCAAAUCCUAGACUAUUUGCACUCAUUUGGAAGCAUAUUACUUCUUCUUACCGUUCCAAUACCAUUUAGGCACUAUCUUUCUGUAAUCAGCAAAUCUGGUCGUCUUUAUUUCGCUAAUCCAAUUAAGAAAGUAAACUGCACGAAAAAAUGCCUCAAAAUCAUCAGAAAUGUCUCAAAAGUGGCACCUAAACUAGACCUAAAAACAUGUUUUAGUUAAAGAUUAAUAGCUAUUUUGUCAAGUUAUGCAAUAAAACUUGUGGCACAACACGAUUCAGAAUUGAAGGUUUCAACUCAAAUUUAGGCAAUGACGAUACCAGCUGCUGUCACAGCAAAAUCCUCGGUUAUUCAAAUACUUGCCACUUUUAAGUAAGAUCUGCCUCAUUUUCUCACCAAAACUAUAUUAAAAUUCUCUUUUUCCCUUUGCCAAUGAUAUAUAUUGUUCAAAAAUUAGUUCAGCAAGUAAAAGAUACCUUUCCAAGCAUCAUUUAAUUUCCCACUGCCCCGAACAUUCGUGUUAAGUCUGUUAUGUCAAGACGGAAAAAUGCCUUUUCAGAACCAAACCUCUUCUAGCUUAAAAUGUGGUCCAGUCUGAAAAAACUGCAUUGACCAGAAGCAAGAGCCAUAAGUUACUCCGAUCCAUCAUAUUAUAAAACUGAACGUUAGAAGAAAAGUAAAUUUCCCACUGCUUAAUUAAAUAUGCGUGAACAGGUCAGAAAAUGUUUGACUGGCAUCCGGAUUCCGGGAUCUGGAAAAUUUUUACUUGUAGGAUCCGGAAUCCGGGAAAAUCUUGCCUAUGGAAUCCGGAAUCCAGGGCUUUGGAAUCUAGAAUAGAGAUCAAGUACCCUACUAAGGAAUGAAAUCUAGAAUCCAAGUUCCACUGGAAAAGACUGGAAUCCCGCACCCGGAAUCCAGAAUAAAUGAAUGGGAUCCAGAAUCCAAGACUGUCUUGUAUUCGGUAACGUGGGGCGAUAGUACUGGACUGUGAACGGCGAGUUACUAUUUUUCCUUUAUUUACCUUCCACUGAUCAGGAGUCCACAUUUGAAGACCUUUGUUAAUGAAGAUUUCUUCCUUUUACUGACUGUUUCUUCCUAAUAAGAGUGGUCAGCUUUUGCUUUCACGCUCCAAGAGGCAGCCCGGAGUCCAACUAGGCUACUUUUGUAUCGCAGCCAGUUAAUAAAGAAGUUGGCACACGCAAAUAAUAAAGUUUCAACAUUAAUUUCGAAUCGUGUAACAUCAGUGAAAGUAACAAGAAAAAAAAGUGUGGAAGUUCACGCGGUUUUUCCCAACUGAUAAAAGUACACGAAUGUCAGGACCCCACUACUUCUCACCAUGAAACUGUCAUCCAUCGAAGUUUGAACUAAGUGAAGCAGAGCCAGUACUCUCAAAAGAUGGUAAUCAUUGACCUUACGAAAAGUGGAACAGAUGGUGAUCUGCUUCCCCAGGAGGGCUCCCAUACGAAAGUGACGUGGGUGCUCGUCGUUUGCAGAUUUUGGUCUCACUUCGGUUGUUUGGGACGGAAAGUAACUAAAUAUUCUCAUUCAGGUAUCGCUUAGGGCUGUGCAUAAAGAAAUUUGCAACAAAAAAAAGGCCAUGAUGCUGACCUCACAGAAAUCUCCCUUAGGGGUCAGUUUAAGCUUGAGCCACACCCACAUUGUCCUCCCUGAGGGGUUUAAAUUAAUUUUCCCGACGAGUAGCCCCUUCACUUUUAUAUGGGAGUCCAUGCCGGGGAUUACCCACAAUUAUCGGAAUAUAAACUCGGACGAUUUUGGCGGCCACCUCGUUCUUCGCCUAGAGAACCAAGAAAGGAGUAUUAGGACCAAGGACAGGCAUGUAACUGGAUUGGAGAUUGCGAAGCUCGUAUACCAUCUAUUCUAGAUGAUGGGAUCACGUACGUAUAAAAUCGUAAAAUCAUGUCUAAUAUCCUUAUCACUGUCAGUGAUAAGAUAACGACAAAAGGGCCAAUGGGUAUUGUCGUAAUCGUAAUUUCAAGGUCAGACAAUGAUAAACUCAGUAGUCCACUCAAUUUUUUUUAUUUAAAAAUGUGCGGGAAGUGAAGAUCCAAACAUAAUGAAGUUAUGGACAAAAGUAGGAAGUGGCUGUAAGUCAAAUAUCCUCAUAUUAAUCACUGUUGCACUAUGGCAUAAGGUUACGCAGUCAGCUAAUGCACUUGCACAUUUGAUAUCAUUUAUGAGCUGACGGAUUUGAAUAUCACAAGAUACACGCGUGAAACAGAAAGUGAUAACCGCAUCCUUUGAAUAUCUAAACCUUGUGGAGUCGAAAUCGUGAUUACCUACCUUUAGGCAUAUUACUGAGAGUACUCAUGACAAUUGUUUGGUACCAUGGAGAAUAGAGUACCGAAGUGUGACGUCAUAGAACAUGAAAUUUGUGAAAUUAUGGGAUUUGUUAAGAUAUUCUGAAAGAACAACGUCCAAGACUCCUACUCGCCAAAAAUUAGCAAUUUGGGGCAGAUUGUCUCUGAGAUAUUAGCCCAGUUAUGCUCCGAUGACUCCAUACAAAUCCUUCUAAAUCUUACCUGGUUCCUAAUAUUAUUAACCGAGCCAAAUUUAGAAGGAUUUGUAUGGAAUCGUCAGAGCAUAACUGGGCUAAUAUCUCAGAGACAAUUUGCCCCGAAUUGCUAAUUUUUGACGAGUAGGCGCCUUGGACGUUGUUCUUUCAGAAUAUCUUAACAAAUCCCAUAAUUUCACAAAUUUCAUUUUUAUGACGUCAUCACUUCGGUUCUCUAUUCGCUAACAAAAUUUUCUUUUGAAGCUCAACGUGGACAAAAACCUUUGAAUUCGAACAAUCAGUAGAGGUGAGAACUGACGCGAAGUCUGAAUCCAGCCUUGUCGAAGGUUUCCCCAGCAUGAACAUUUCUCCAGGUCGAGACCUCGACACUAUUUUUACGUCUUUUCUCGUCUCACGUCUUGUUAGCGGUUAUUACCCUGUUCUUACAGACUCUUGCAUUCUACUACGUUAAUGAUGUAAAAUUCAUACAUUUGAAGAACAGCUGAAGGAUCUAGGAUCACAUUUUUAAAAUCGGCCUUUGGACCCUCCGUGUGGAUCCAAAUUCAUAUUGAUAUCGAUUUUACUAAAUUAGGCGCCGCCGGAUUUCGUUUUUGCGACUCCGAUGCGGUGCUCAUUUGAUAGACCAGCCUACCGCGGACAAUGUUGUUGAGCCACUCAGAGAGGAUCUUAUUGCUUUUAUGUCUCAGCAUACCGAGAUGCUAUGACAAAGAAUAUAAAGACACAACUACUUCACAAAUCUUAUAAAAAAAAAAUACAAAAACAAAAACAAAAAACGAGCGAGAUUGCAUGCGAGGAAACGAAGAUAUGGUACAAAUUUACCUAAAAUAGUCAAAUAUAAAUCCCCUAGUCGUUGAAAGCUUAACAACUUGACAGGCUAACGGUUUUAUUUAGUGGUGGUAUAAACAGGCUACAACCGAACACUGUCAGGCUACUCAGUCACUUCACUCACUGUCCAUCCCGGAAUUGAUAGCGUACAGCAUUACCAGCAUAGCACUAGCACUGUGCAUAGACAAUCAGAUUUGUGAUCGAAGGCCGGUAGAUUUAUACAUCUAAAAAUUUAUACUGUCAUCAAAUUCCAAAAGGUAUCGGGACACUAACUUAAUUCAAUGUACAUUUCAUGAAUGUGUGAAGGACCUUCUCGCUGCAAAAUGUAAAUACUUGCACCUGUCACUAGACAGGAGAAACAUGGUUCUCGUUAAUGUUAUCUGGAAAACAGAAAUGUUCGUUUAGAGCGCGAUUGAAGUGUGUCGAAUAGCCUCUUCAAGGCGUCCAGACUGUGGGGGCGACCCUCCGAGGGAUGCGAGUAAGAAAAGGGCGAGGGGGUGGGGUAGGGAGUAAUGCGUAUUUUUCCCGACCCACUCUACUACCAAGAAGGCCAACACAACGGACGGCCGGCCGAGACUAUUAAUACGAAGGUAAGUGGAAAAGUAAACUUAAUCGUCUAUAAGCUUAACCUAUUUCCGAUUUUUCUUGUUGAUAAAGUAAAAAAAAAAAAAAAAAAAAAAACAGGAAAAUUGUCAUUUGUAGGAUCAUGAAGAAUUUUGUUACUAUCACAGCGGCCGGUGUCACGCAAUGCGAAUUCAGCAUCAAAUAUGCAAAUUUAAGUCAAAUCCUUCAAUUCUGAAUCGCAUUAAGCUACAAGUUUUAUUUCAUAACUUGACAAAAUAGCUCUUAAUCUUUAACUAAAACAUGUUUUUAGGUCUAGUUUAGAUGCCACUUUUGAGAAUUUUUACGAUGUUUUUGAGGCAUUUAUUCGUGCGUUUUGCAUUCUUAGUUGGAUUAGUGAAAUAAAGACGACCAGUUUUUGCUGAUUAGAUAACAAUUAUUCACCGAAGUGGAGGUGGCUAGUACUAGAAAUUUACCGAGGCCGCGAAGCGGCGAGGUAAAUUUCCACUACUAGCCACCGACACUGAGGUGAAUAAUUGUUUUAGUAUAUACUAAAACAGUGAGAUAAUUGAGCACAAAAAUGAUGAUCUUUAACUCAUUUACUGUUGCCAACGAUUACAAUUUUGGCGCGUUGACGGAACGGCCGCGGUCGUCGCUUUUUCUUGGUGACAAAUAAAACUUUUGAAGGCUUUUGUUUAGCUCUUGCGGGGAAGUUUCUUCAAAAGGAGUUGUGAAUUCUGUUUGUAUUUUAAAUCAUUCUGUAAAAAAGAUUAUUAAAUUUAGUUUUAAGCUUAUUUAUGAACAAGUCAACUAAAUAAAGUAAUGCAAGACUGAAGAUUAAUUUGCAUUUGUAAACAAAAAACGUUUUCACCGGUUUUAUCGAUAAAUUCAAGUAAGAAAGACAAAGCUUUACCUGUUAAAACUUCCAAACCGAACUUUGUCACGUUCUUCAUGUGUUUUGGGAAUAGCUAGCUUGAUUAUUUGUGAAAUUUCUUAGUUUGUUACGGUAGCUAACCGGGAAGGAAUUUUGCUCGCAACUUACGUGACUUUGGCGUCGCUCGCUCGGAGGAACUGGAGGUGAAUCGGUGAAUAGUGCAGGAUAUUCACUGAUUGAGAAGCCAAUCAGAGCGCGCGAAAAACACUAUCCACUGUUUUAGUACAUACUAAAGAAAGAUAAUGCCUAAAUGGUAUUGGAACAGUAAGAAGAAGAAAUAUGCUUCCAAAUGAGUGCGAACAGUCUAGCAUUUGAUGACUCGAAGUACUUUUAAACGAUCGUUAAAAAACCUGUAAAACCGCAUCUAAAAUUUGUAUAUUUUAGCCGCUAACAGUGGUCCAGCAAUGAAAUGCUGGUAAUGGCAGUAAAAUAAACAAUUUCCUCAUUCUAACUACAAUUUCGUUAUCAGGAUGGAUAGUAGUGUUGAUGAUAAAAAUAAAAGGCAAAAGUUUUUUCGAGUCCGAAAUCGAGUGGAACGCUUUUAGGGAGACUGCCUCUUAAUCUUUAAACCAGUACGUAUUUUAAGGAAAACCCAGAAAUUGAUUUAUGCACACAGGGUAGAAAGUCAAUUAUAUUUGUUUUCAUGUGACACUUCUAACUCAUUAAAUGAAGCGGCGUUAUUUGAACAGAUAAAGCCGCUGUGUUUGCUAGCAUAAUGACAUCCUUAUAAGCUCUGCGACGUACUGAAUCGAUAACAUGUAACGAUUAAUGAAAUAAAAUGCACUACAAUAAUAUUAGCCUUUUUUCCAACUGAAGAUAAGCGGAGAUUUGAUUUACUUUGCAAAGUAAUGAGCACUUGAAAUGAUUUCAUUUGUAAAAUGAAGCAGUUUCUUUGACAAGUUACGAUUUGAAGCAGAAUUGCAGAACCUGUACCAAUUGGUACUUGGUAUUCGAUUGGUACCACCGGAAUAUAAAUAACAAGAAACAUCAACUUCGAUUAUUAAUGCCAACAUAUCGGAUUUCACUGGGUUUUUCGCGCUGAAAACCAGCCAAAUUCGCCAUUUUUGUAUGGAUUUUCAGCUGCGCAGGCUAUCACGGAAAGAUUAAAACCAAAGUUUUUUAAAAUUGCAAACGGUACUACCUGAUAUCGUGAUAUCUCUCGUCUGCCUUUAAAACCAACACAGUCUUUUAAAACAAGGAAUGUGAAAAAAAAACAAAAACUUUUUUUUCGUUUUCCUUUGAAUUUGACCUGAACCCAUGAGGGGUAGACAGCGCGAAAAUAAUUUGCCAGGAGACGUCUUUGAAAGCCAAAGCAAAUUUCUCCGCGAGUUCGGCCGCCAUCUUUUUUAUUUUCAAAAUUGUUUCCAGUACUUUAUGACCGGUUUGUUGUUUUUACCUCGUGUAUGCUUCAUGUUUUUGGUUGACCUCGAUGAACUGGGAAAGAGGUGGCAGUUAGUGAAGGUUCGACUGUAUAUUUACAUUUUAAAUGUAAAUCUAACACUGUGAUCCAUCCGUUUUUGGAUGAUCAAUCGAUGUAGUUCUUGGCAGAAAAACUACAACGAAAUCAAAGCCUAGAUGCGAUCUUGCAAUAAAACCAUGUUUGUGCACUGAUCAGCACGUAAACGAAAGGCUCAUAAAAAUUAGUAUCUUGAAAAGGUUUUGUGCACAGUAAGGAAAUAUGUACCUCAAAAUUUCUCUGAACUAAACUUACAAUUGCUCCGUUACGCAUACGCAAUGUUUAUAUCAAAUUGUUUCCACGAAGGCAACUUGGGUUGGUUAAAAUUUGCGUCUCUCAUCGAUGUCAGGUGAGAUGAUUAUCUCUCUUGGUCGUAGGCCGGGGAGGGCCACUCCAUUAUAUUUGAUGACUUAUACUGGGAAGCUUCGUCCGAAAGGCGUACCUUUUUCUUGCUUCAGGCGAUGAAAGGGUAGCAAUACACGAGUUCAAGCAUGUGGAAGAGGGCUGGAAUCUAUGAAUUAUAGCGGGGCUCCCGCGCGCGCGAAGCGCGCGUGGGACAGAGCCCCAUACCCAUGGAAUAUGGUCAACCUCUUUUCGUUUGGUUGUCACGUGAUUGACCGAGCGUCCGUACGUACGUACGUACGCGUCUACAGAUUGUAUGGGUGGGGUAGGGGAGACUAUCAAAAGGAAGGGAGGGGUGUCUCAGGCGUGUCUUGGCAAGUCCACAUCUUUAAUAUAGGACAUUAACAAUAUGGUCAAUUGACAGCUGUCCAAACAGGAUAGCCACUGACCAGUAUCCCAUGACCAUAUCGCGGGCUCAUGUGUCAACUCAUCGAGGUGACGUGAUUUAUUUGGAAGCUGUCCGCUGACCAGUUAACUGUUUUACUAGAUCGCGAACAACGUUCAAUCUCAUACUUUUACUAGUUUGGGAGCACAGGAAAACUGAUAAUGCACACAUAUUGGACAUCAAUGUUUUGAUUAAUUGACAGCUGUCAAAACAGAGUACCCGCUGACCAGUAUCACUUGACCGUAUCGCGGGCUCAGGUGUCGACCCGUCGAGGUCAAGUAUUUUUUGAAGUUAGCCGCUGACAAGUAAACUAGUUUUCAAGUGAUCGCAGGCUCAAGUUCAAUUUUUUUUCUUAAUUCAUAUGAAAUAUGUUGUGUUUAUGUGCUGCACAAUUAAAAUUUUGAUUGCAAACUGACCUCGGACGUGAAAAUUCAGCCAGCUGUUACAGGCAGGGAAGACAGUUGCUUUUGUUUUUUCUCACAAUGGUCACGCGUUGGUCACGCUCUACGUCCAAUUUUUAUGCUCUGAUUGGUCAAAAUUUGACAGGUGAGUUCAUGCGCAAAAUUUAUGCAGCAUCUUGAAUCUUGUUUACUUUAACAGCUGAAGCUGACAGAGUUUUGUGUCAACUUGUGAUGUUUUUAACUGUCUUUUUCCACUGGAUGUACAAAGUGAAAUUCAGCUGCUAUCAGGAGUCUUCUGUUACUCAUGGCUAGUUUGUUUAUUGGGUUUUUGGUUGAGAAAACGUCGCUUGUCAAAGUCGGAAAUCCGAUUUCGGAUGGCAUCGUUUUCGUUUUCACCUUGCUUGAUGCGUAAGAGGAUUGCAAAGUCUGAAGCGAUACUGGCUUUACCUGAUAACUUUCAGGAGCUGCAUCUCGAAUGGUAAGCCAGAGAAAUAAUUGUAUUUCAUGUUUGUUUUUUGUAUCUAAUUUAAUGAAGUGGAGCGUAGUUUAUGCGGGAAUUUAGUUUAUGCGCGUUUGUAAGAUUUGAGACAACGAUCUCAAAAUGCCGCGCGUUAAACCAUCAAAUAAAAAAUAAACAUGAUAAAUUCUUUAUUAUCUUGGAGCGUAACUCUGUUAAUGUUCAUUCAAACACUCGCUACAGCUCGCACUACAAAAGUGAGAACCGGAUGGCCGUAUAGGUGAUUUUGGAAAAUUUUUUUAACAGUUUAUGAAUAUUGAAUGAGAGCAAUUUGUAUUGUGAAAUACUGCUUUCUGUCCAUGGUAUAAAAGGUUGGUUUACACGCACCCAGAUUUGUUGGCAAGAUUUUGCAAAGUAAACUUGUCGAACGCCAAAACGUUGGCCUGGUUUUUUUUCUAAGCCUAAUUGAUCUACGGUGAUCAAUAGCCAUUACGGCUCUUAAAUGUGAUAAAAGAUGAUUACCAGUUUUUGAGUGUACAUAUGAGGCAAUCAACUCGAUGUAAGAUUUGGUUCACUCUUGGGCUGUUUGCAAAUUAUUUUUCUCUAAAAUCAGGUAGCCUUUCCCUCAAAAGUCACAUAAAUGUGCUCUAAAGUUAACUGAAUUGUGGAAUUCGAAUACAAGUUUAUUGUUUAAUUUAAAUUAUAAAUUUACUAAUGGGAGCCUCGCUUUUAGCCCUGGCUAAAUCUAUAUAUUAUAUUUUGAAGGUCUUUUCCUUUUCUGUCAAAAAUGGUAUAUAAAAGACCUAAGGGGGGGUUGAACUUUGGGGCGGAGUCUUUCCGUAUAAAACUGUGUUAAUGUAAUUACUCAAGAUUCUUGUGCAGAGACUCUCUUGUCGCUUUGGUGUUAAUGGCAAAACCCUUCGCUGGUUUAAGUCCUACCUUGAGAAUCGUAAACAAGUUGUUUACGUGAAGGGGGCAACAUCGUGUAGCAAGGACCUGGGGUGUGGCGUUCCCCAAGGAUCUGUGCUGAGGCCUAUAUUGUACAUUACGGAAUCGCGCCUGUAGUACGCGUCGCUAGUAAAUGCAAAUUUUUCUGUCAAUCAAAUGUGUGCUAUUAUUUGUAGGUGGAAAUUGGUAAAACAUCGUUAUUGUUUUGGAGACAAUAGAAGAACAAAAGAUAACAGAAAGAUCAAGUUAUGCGGUCUUAAAGCGUGUUGCGUGACUUAAAUCAGUUGGAGCAUUUCUCCUAGCUUUCCCGCAUUAAAACGUUGGAAUGAAAAGUCUGAAGCUUAGCUUUUAAAAUCUUGAUAGCCAAAAUAAAAGGGGUGUCCCAAAAGGCAAGCAUUUGGGAAUUCAAAAUCGAUAUUUUUGUCUCCAGCGAAAUCCGGCGGAUGAACAGUAAUUUGCAUAUAAGCGUAAGUGAAGCGAAAUAGAUACAAAUUGCCGUGGUUGUAAACACAACGUUUCCUCAAAGUUUUUUUCCUUUUGAAAGCGUAAAUUCGCAUGAAAGAGCUCAGCUUGCACAAAAUAAUAUAAAAUGAAACGAAUCAAAUCGAAAAGUGGUAAAAAAAAGUCAGGAUAUUUCAAUUCGAUGGAAAGUAAGUGAUUGGGUAGGUGAUUUGCAUACUGAUAAAAAUAACUUCUAGCGCAGUUUAAAACCGUUCGGCUUCCUGAAUUGUUUUCCUGGAAUUCUAUACAUUCUGCUGGCCUAAAUCGUUAAAAUAUGUUAUGAAGUCAAAAUAUUUAUCAAGUUGAGCGUUUGCAUUUCCUUUUAAAACAGCGAGUUGCACGAAAGCUUCGAUCUAUAGAUUUUCUUAAGUUAAAUUGCCUUUGUAUCGUGGAAACAAUACCCUAACACUUGAGUCUUGAAUCAAAGGACGCGACAUGCGUCGGCUCCCUUUGUGAGCGCGCAAAUAGUCAUGGGACCCGCGAUUUUGCGGGCGACACGGAUCUACAGGCGCCGUUCCGUAAUGAUGUAUUGUACACGUCCCCGCUUGGCGACAUUGUCAGAAGUCAUGGCCUAUCAUGUCAUUUCUACACUGAUGACGCCUUUAAUGUCGGGAUUACAUCGUAUAUGUUUCACAAUCGAUUCGUAAAGCUGCUGCUCGCGUCCGUUACUUCCUACGUUCUGAUACAACAUAGUACGUUCUAAAAUAACAACACCUAAUAUGCAUACUAUUAGCGUCACUAGGCGUGUCACGCAUGCGGUCACGCCAUUACUUCUCUCCCCCCAUCACGCGGAUGAAACGCAACGGUGCGAACGAAAACAGCAAACAAAAAUAAAUAAAUAAACUAAAUAAAUUAAAUGUUGCUAAUAACAAGUAAGCCCUUGUGUCCUUUACAGACUCUAAUAUAGUAGACAAGCAAAUGCUCGCUAUUCGCAAAUAAAGCCUUAUAUUUAGUGUCCUUUGUGGAUCUUGUUUUCCUUCUGGGCCUGUCCAAGGGCGCAUGUCUUCGCUCUGUGUCAUGGUCUGAUCCGGGCUGCCGAGAUCUCUGCCUACUCUCGUACUCAGCUGUGUCGCUGGUUGCUCUUGGCUGCUCCCGACCUUUCCGUGAUUCACUGGAUCUCUCCGCUGGCACUGCAUCUCCACUUGGCCCUGCUAAGGAUUUGCUCUGGACCGGACCGGUUCAAAUGCAUCAUCGCUAUCAGAAUCAUCACUCCGCGGUGAUUCCCUACAACUAUUUUUGAGCAGUUUCCAAUCGGCGUAAUUCCUGGUGCGAAUCCUCGCAAUGUUCUUGGCAGUGACCAUGCUUCCCUUGACGCCAAUGACUACCAUAGGAUCCGGGUCAAACAGAGGUGUCAGGCUGUUUUUACGUUCCUGCUUACACAACACCGUGUCCCCGACUUUAAUUUUCAUCACGGCUGUGUGUCUUCUUUUAUCAGCAUAUUGCUUCAUCUUCUGUUUUUGCUCACGGUCACGACAGCGAAUCAUCGUGUCAUCCCUAUACUUAAGCUGUCCCUUGACUUCAGGGAACUUUCCACGUAAUUCCCUUCCGAACAUGAGCCUGUUCGGGCUGACUCCAGUUGUCGCAUGCUCAGUUGCUCUGUAUGCCCAGAUUCCCGGGUUCACUUCAUCCCUCACAGGUUUGCCUUCCAAAGAGGUGAUCCGAGCGGUCUUCUUUACUCUCUGCAUAAACCUUUCUACAUCGCCGUUGGCUUCUGCCCAUCCGGGUGUCACUUUUCGGUGCUUAAACCCCUCCUCUUUUGCGUAUUCUUCGAAUUUAUGGCUGUUGAAGGGCGGUCCGUUAUCUGAUUUGAUUUUUUUUGGCACUCCAUAUGUGUCGAACACCCUCUUGAAUGUCGGUAUUGUUGUUUUCUCGCUCGUGAACCCCACGAAUUCAACCACUGGGCAUCUGGCAUAUUUAGAGUAGAAUACGAGAGCGAGGCCACCACUCGCCAUUGGUCCGCAAAAAUCCACGCUGACCUUCUCCCACGGUCCUUGAGGUAGGUCUGUCAUCCGUAGUGGCUCGAGAUGCGUUUGCGGCGUGUUAGAUUGGCAGGCGAUGCAAGUGGAUACGAACUUGUCACAUUGUGAGUCCAUUCCGGGGAACCAUAUAUGUGCUCUCAAAAGCUGUUUUGUUCGCACGUGGCCCUGAUGACCCUCAUGCGCAAUUUCCACCAUUCUAUGUCUGAGUUUUGCUGGCACAACGAUCCGAUCCCCUCUCAAGACAAUCCCGUCUACUAUGGUUAGGUCAUGGAAACUUGCCGAAAUUCGUGUGUCCUUGUAUCAUUUGUGUCUAUCCAGCCUUGGUUCUACUUCUUUAGUGCUUGUAGUGGUGGGUCUUCCUCAGUGGAGUCCUUUACCUGGUCUUUGGUGACAGCUUUAGGCGUGCUGCACGUUACAACGUAGUUUACAUAAUGCCGUACCUCCUUAGUCGUCCUCAAUUCGAUCUUGGAGCACUCGUGAAGUGGCAUAGGUGUCGUGAUGUGUAAUCUGAUAUGUUCUCUUUCCCAGGACGGUACUCUACUACGAAAUCAUAGUCCAUCAUACGUUUGACGAUCCUUUGGACCCGGAUCGAGGUUGUGUGGGUGGGUUUGUUGAACACACUUUCCAGAGGCUUGUGGUCAGUCAUGAUCUUAAAGGGUCUUCCACACAGGAACAGGUGAAAUUUCUUGCACCCAAAAUCACCUGCUAAAGCUUCUAAUUCAAUCUGGCUAUAUCAUUUUUCCGGGUCGGUGAGGCUCCGACUGGCAUAUUGCACCACUCUUCAACAUUGUUCUCCAGGCUUUCUCUGCGUAAGCGUUGCGGCCAAACCCACAGGGCACCCAUCAAUAUGAAGCUCUUGCUCCGCCAGGGGAUCAAAGUAUGCUUGGACUGUGUCGUUACUGAGCAUGUUCUUAAGUUCCUCGAAUGCUUCGGAGUGUUCCGGUUUCCGUUCGAAUUUUCCGGUCACUAGCGCACCCAGUUUGCACGCCGCUUUCUGAUACUGUCUGGCUUCCAUGAAUCGCGAACUAUAUCUAACCGUACAGAGGAAUGAGUUAAGUUCGGCUGCAUUUCUAGGGCGUCCCGCAGAUUUAAUGGCUUUCACUUUGCAUGGGUCUUGAGAUACUCCAUCUUUAGAGAACAUUAAGCCAUAGUAGACCACGCGAUCUUUUCUGAAUUCACAUUUUGCUCUGUUGAAUGUGACAUUCUUUUCGCGGCUUUUCUCGAGUAAUGCUACCAGGUUUGAAUCGUGUUCUUUUUUGUCACGCCCAUGCACAAUGAUGUCAUCACUUAUGUUGAAAACUCCCUUCAGGUCGUGCGUCAAUUCCUCUCUGAUCGUCUCUUGAAAUAUCUGAGUAGCUGACAUUGUACCAUAGUUGAGCCUCUUGUAUCUGAACUAGCCAAUGUGAGUUGAAAAGGUCGUUACGUUCCGCGAACUCUCUUUGAGUUCAAGUUGGUGGUAUCCCUUGCUCAUAUCCAGGUGGGAGAACACCAUUGACCCGCUCAGCUCAUUGACCACGUAGUCUAUUGUGGGGUGCUGGGUGUGUCUGCGGGGUAUUGCCUGAUUUGCCAUGCGCAUGUCCACGUUCAGACGUAUCUGGCUCUGAUCUUUCUUGGGCGUAACCAUAGGCGGUGACACCCAUCCCGUAGGUUCGUUGACUUUUUCAAUGAUUUCUUUAUCCAUAAGAUGCUUUAUUUCUUCUUCCAUCUUCUGACGUACGCUGAACGGUUGCCGGCGUGGUGGCUGUGCAACCGACUUAAAAUCGGGGUCUACAUUCAAAUCGACCUGGAUUCCCUUUAGCUUUCCAAUUCCUUGAAACAGGUCCUUGUAUUUCUCUAACACUUCAUUCAGGUUGUCUGUCCCUUCUGACUGGUUGCUAGUCUGUUGCAAUUGAAUUGGUCACUAGAAUCAUUCCGAGGUCUCUCGCAUCAUUGUACCCGAGCAACGGUUCGGUGCGGGUAGUUCCUUUUAUAAGCUCCCACGUGAUCACUUUCAUUUUUGUCUUAGAUUCCGUAAGCGCUUCAAAACAACCCAGAACAGGCAGGGUGUUUGCUUUUGAGGCUGCCCCGUAUGGUUUUAUUUGGCAUCCUGACUUUCUAACCUUUAGUCUUUUGUCUAGGCCGUAUUUCUUGAACGUUGCCUCAUCCAUCGCGUUGACCGUAGCACCGCUUUCAGGAAGUACCGUAAUGUCAACGCCGCUAAUUAGCACUGUUUUUAGGGGCCUAUUGUGUGACUGUCCCACGGGGUUCACCUCUAGCACAGUGCACGUGAACUCUUCAUCACUGCUGUCAGACGAUGUGUCAGUUAUUUGCUCGCCUCCCAGGGCUAAUUUAAUUUCUUGCUUGUCUUUGCAACACUUUGCAAAAUGGUUUCUUUUGCCACAUCGCGUACACUGUUUUCCAAAAGCCGGGCAUUUUCUUUGUCCACCUUGGUGUAGCCAAUGUUUCCCACACACAGUUUUUCUCUACUUUUGUCGACAGUGGUUUUAUUGAUUUCUUGCUUGACGGUCACUUCGGAUGUUGUUGGUUUUCUACUCUUGUAGCGUGUUGAUCCGCCCUCUCAACACCACGAGAGUAUUUGAGAGCUUCAGCUAACGUUAGUUGGUCUUUCAAAAGCUUUCUUCUCACUCUCUUUGAUUUGACGUUCGUUUCCAUGGCCAUUAGUAUCUCUGUAUCCAACUAACUGCCGGAAAAUCACAGUAUUCGCCUUCUGCUUUUAGCUUAGCGAUGAACAAGUCCCAGGUUUCAUCUUUUCCCUGUAUAGUGCAACGAAAUUUGUGUAUAUUGAACAGCCGGUUUUGCGAUUCUUUGAACUUGUUCAGUAGUGCGGUGAUAGCUCCGUCCAAAUCCGUUCCCGUAUCAUCAAGCUGUUCGAAUAUAUCUAGCGUGGCUUCGCCUACCGAAUCUAGGAAUAACAAGACGCCUAAAGUCGUUUCCGUGGGAUGCGUUGGUCUAUGGAAGCAUAAUGGCGUUCUAUCUGAAGCUGGAAAAGUUAAGGAAACCGGAAAGAUGUGUCAUGUUAUGAGCAUCGAUGAGUAGGUUACCUGUAUGGGUUGGUUUAAUGUGCUUAUGACUGAAUUUAUAGUAGCCUGCGGGACAGGCCACUAUUUCUCCCCAAUCCACAUCCCCUCCCUAUCCCCUACCCCUUUGAACACCUGCUACGCAAGCUAAAUUUAUAGUUGUCAGUGGUCGCAAGGAUGGAGUUGAUCUUGUUUUGAUCUAUCGCUAUGUAGUUAUUUUCAUAGCACGAUUUGGAUAAGAAAAAUAAGUUAUUUUGCAUCAAAACGAGGUUUACCUGUGUAACUUAAAUUGGAAUGUUAACGGAAACAAGUAAUGGAGAACAUGCGCAUAAUGCUCUCUGAUUAACCUGAACAGGAACUAUAUGUAUAAAGAUACGUCAUAUCUUGGUAGUAAGGAGCCACAGGUAACUUUUUCAAAGAGAAAUAAACAUUGUAGUUUUAGGUUAAUGGAACAAAACAAAACAAAACAUCCGCUUGCUUUAUCCAGGGUCGAACCCACGGUUUCAAAGUUCGAUAAAGUUCCAAUGUUUUAAUCCAAGAUGAAAGUUGAAUAUUCCAAGGUGCUCUUGAUACGGUUAAAAAUUAAUUGCAAUGUGUUUCCAAGGUCUCAAAGUUAAUAUUGCAAUGAUUGUCCCUGAUUCCAAGGUAUAAUAAGUUUAUUAAGGUCCUGAUCUGUGUCCCAUCCAGAAGUCCAAUCCAUGCCGAAAGCGAGUCGUCGAUCGACGAGGACAAUAUUUUCGCGAUUUCACCGCCAAUCGUCAAGGGUACGAAUUGAAAUUUACGCGAUUUAACCUCCCAUCGUCAAGGUGUUUUCGAUAAGAAAAGAAAAAAACUGAACUCGAGCUGUGCUCGGCAAAAACUGGCGAACUCCGAAUAGAAAAAUCUAUCGGAAAUCACGGCCCGCAACCAGACGCUACUAAAAUCUUAUGAAAAGGCUAGACCUAAACAAAAAAAGAAUCAUGAAGGAAAGAAAUAAUUUGGCUUAGGUCGCCUUUCGUGACUUGUCAGUAUCCCGAAGGAUUUCGCUGGUUAACCAGCCAUCCUAAACCACGAGUGGGAAAACUCAAGCGCGACCAAUUUGGCAAGGAACGUUCUGAUUUCAACGUUCUUCAGAGGAAGCAAAUCGAUUAAAAAUCGAUACAGAUUUUGUACAAUCUGAUUGGUCGGCUUGGAAGAAGAGAUGAAGAUUUUACGCAAUCCUAUCGGCUGGCUUUGCAAUUUUGGCUACAACCGAACCGGAUUUUUACCGUGGGAGUGCCACAGGCAUCCCACGGAAUGAUCGUUGUUGGUGCUUGUCUGUGAUGUUGUAGGCUUUCAAGUGGUUGUCCUUGAACCGCUUAGCAUAUUUUGAGAAGCGCGAGUAUACCGUUUCAGGGUCAAUCCGAACGUCGAAUUCGGGAAAUUGUUUGGAUCUAAUGUUUACCGCCAUUCCACUUUUACCUCGUCGCCAAUUUAAUGUCGGGCUUACAUCGUAUAUGUUUCACAAUCGAUUCGUAAAGCUACUGCUCGCGUCCGUUACUUCCUAACAACACCUAAUAUGCAUACUAUUAGCGUCACUAGGCGUGUCACGCAUGCGGUCAUGCCAUUACAACGCCCAGCUUUACUGCUCAUUCAAGCUUCAUGAUCAAGCGGCUUCAGUGGAAGCAAUUGAGUCUCGUUUGAUGCAUGGAUGCUUGCAAGCAUGCUAAAGCUGAACCGGGAUAAAACUGAGCUGCUAGUGAUUGGACCAAAGCACAAAGUCAACCCACCCAUUAAGGGUAUUCAUGUGGCUGGUGAAUACAUUGAAGUCUCUAAUAAUGCUGGAAAUAUAGGUGUAAUUUUUUAUGCCCAUGUCAACUUAGAGAAGCAUGUUAUAAACACCUGCAAAACGGCCUUCUAUCAUUUACGAAAUAUAGCAAAGAUGAGAAACUGUCUCUUUCAGGAUAAUGCUGAGACACUUGUUCAUGCAUUUAUUUCAUCUAAGUCGGAUUACGUAAUGCUCUUCUAUAUGGCUUACCCCAAUCGGUUAUUGAUAAGCUACAGCAUCUCGAAUCGGUCGAAUUUAGAGACAAUGUAAGGGCUUUCUUACCUCAGGGACAAAGAAAACUGUCCGUAAUAAUGAAGUGACCGUAUUAUGCGGGUAUCCGUAAAGUGGGGUUGGACUGUACUGAACUCCAUUCGAGAAUGUUUAAAAUUCUUUAGUUACAAUUUUUUCAACGAAAUUCGGCUUUACAUAAUUUUUAUUAUGCUGCUCAGUACUAAUUUUAUAUAAAUAAUCUAUUGUGCUGUUUAUACUGUAUCUAUUUUUCUUUGUCAUGACAUACAAUUUUACUAAGGGGCACAAUAUUAGUCUGCCAGAAUGUUCUCUUCUCCUACUUAGUAUUAUUUCAUUUUCUGUAAUUAUUAGUGUUUGCAAUGAAUGCUAAUUGGAGGAAAAAUACAAAUACAAAUACGUGAUUUUUCCAGGUUACCUAGACAACCAUUUACUGGAGGGCAGUGUACAGCUACGUCCUUCCUCAGAAAAAAAGGGCUGGAAGGCAAUGGCCACCAACAGCAGUGGAAUUGCUCGUUUAAUUCCAAAAUCACAGUGCAUUCCAUGGAUUAUUGUGCUCAUUAUGGAGUCUCUCUCGGUAGUCAUCUUAAAUCUCUUGAUGGUCAUUGUAUUUGCGAAACAUCGACAACUCCAGCGUCGUGGUACAUACUUACUAAUUCGGAAUCUGGCGAUAGUCGAUCUCUUGGCUGGAGGAAUAUCAGGCCCCCUUCAAGUUGAAAGGAUUAAUUGGGAAGAUUGUUAUAUAUGGGAACUGGAUGAGACGGCUUUCAGAUUUGACUGGAAAUUCUAUUUAAAGUUUGCUUUCUCCAAUUUCUUUCACUUUGCCUCCAUUGCCAAUCUAGUUGCUAUUUCUUUAGAGAGAAUGCACGCAACAUUAUGCCCUUUAAGGCAUCUUUUCUUGAAAAAAUGGGUUUAUCUUAUUAUAAUAGUUGUCAUUUGGGUAACGGCCGCCAUCAGAGAGGCUAUUCAGAUUGCACUGAUGACACAUGGACAUCCUGAAUCAGAAAUGAUAAUUAAUUCUACCUUAUAUACACCGUUUUACGUAAUUGCUGUUGCCCUCAUUUGCAUUUCAUACAUUUCCAUUUUUGUCAAGAUUCGACGCAGUCCGCUUCCCAACCCCCAAAGAAAUGGAGUGAUCAACCGCGAACGACGCAUAACUUCCACCCUCUUCAUUGUUACGAUUGUAUCCCUUUUGGCGUUGCUACCAGUUAUAGUAUAUUUGUGUGUGACCACUUUUAUCCAUCCUUUACGGCCAUACUUUCACGCAAGAAUGAUAGUUUUAGUGUUUUUCUUCGGCAAUUCGUUAGCAAAUCCUAUCAUAUACGCCAUGAAGAUGCAGGGAGUCCGCGCAGGCCUGGUAGAAUUAUUUAGCAGGUCUACAAACGACGAAAACGCGGCCACUUUUCCACUUCGACGUAACUAA